UUUUUUAAAGGAUGACUGUAAGGGAUCAUUCCCCAUGGAUUAUGGAUAAUUAGGGCCUUACUUUCUCAAUAAUGCAAACCUACAUUUUCAAUAUUGUAGCAUCACUGAAUGUUUUGGCCAAAACUAGAUUUAGAGAAAAUGUCACCUACUGAUUGAGAGCACAGUCUCGAGAAGCAGACUGCCUCAGUCUACUUAUAGCCCUACUACGUACUAGCUCUGUCCUCCGUUUCCUCAUCUGCGAAAUAACUAUACUUAACACUCCAUGAAGAACAAGGGAAGGGUACAGUGACAUAGAACAACACUGUGGCAAACUGCAAACACUCAAUAAAAUGCUGUAUUUUAAAAACCUAUGGCUAAUGUACUGCUCAAAAUUGGUACAAUCUUUUUUAGAGGGUAACUUGCCAAUUUCUACUAAAAUCUAAAAUAUGCCUAAUUUUGGAGUCAGUAACUCUAUUUUUAGGAAUUCAUCCUGUAAAAAUAUUCACAGGUUUAUGAAAAGAUAUUGACAAGGAUGUUAACCGCAGCAUCAUUCAUAAUAGCAAAUAACUGGAGGCAAUCUAAACAUCUAUCAGUUGAAAACUGGCCAAAUUAUAACACUAACAUGUUUUCUUAUGGAAUACCUGUAAUUAUUAAAAAAUAGACUAUGUGUGCACCUAUUUGGGGAAAUGUUCAUGAUUUGUGGUUAAGAUUAAAAAGUGGGUCUCAGUACAGUAUGUAGAAUAAAAUCUUAUUUCUAUUAAUUAAAAAAAGACAGAAAAUAACUACAGCAGUUGGAAUCCACUAAGGAGAUGCAACAACCCACCUGCUGGGGGGAAAAAAAUGAAAUGAAAAAGAAAAUGCAUAUAGCAUAAAUGUUUUUUAGAGAAAACACAUGGAACUCCUCUAACAGUUAUCAUUUUGGAGAUGAGAACUAUUAGAGACUUGGCCGGGUGUGAUGGCUCACACCUAAUCUCAGAACUUUGGGAGGCCAAGGCAGGUGGAUCACUUGAGGUCAGGAGUUUGAGUCUAGCCUGGCCAACAUGACGAAACCCCAUCUCUACUAAAAAUACAAAAAAAUUAGCCGGAUGUGAUGGCGCACACCUGAGGUCCCAGAUACUCCGGCGGCUGAGGCAGGAGAAUCACUUGAACCCAGGAGGCAGAGGUUGCAGUGAGCUGAGAUUGCGCCACUACCCUCCAGCCUGGGUGACAGAGAGAAACUUGUUUCAAAAAAAAAAACAAAACAAUUAGGAACUUCUAUUUGCUACAUAUUUUUUUGCAUUAUGUAAAGUUUAUAAUUAGCAUAUAUUAAUUUUACAAUCAGAAAAAAGAUGGGCCGGGCACGGUGGCUCACGCCUGUAAUCCCAGCACUGUGGGAGGCCAAGGCAGGCGGAUCACAAGGUCAGGAGAUUGAGACCAUCCUGGCUAACACGGUGAAACCCCGUCUCUACUAAAAACACAAAAAAUUAGCCGGGCGCGGUGGCAGGCGCCUGUAGUCCCAGCUACUCGGGAGGCAGAGGCAGGAGAAUGGCAUGAACCCGGGAGGCGGAGCUUGCAGUGAUCCGAGAUCACGCCACUGCACUCCAGCCUGGGUGACAGAGUGAGACUCUGUCUCAAAAAAAAAAAAGAAAGAAAAAAGAUAACAUAGGUUUUUAGAGACUUGUGAGAACUCUGCUGCAAACGCUGUUUAGGAAAAGAUAUAAAAUUUUGUAUGUAUGUACUGUCGUAUGUAUAUGUACAUAUGUAAUAUCUAUAUACCCAAUUUUGUAAAAUAAUCCAAAUUUUGUAAUACAUAUAAUUAGAAAAAGAGACUGGAAGAAAAGACACCAAAAUACAGACAGCUGUUAUCUCUAUAAACUCUAUGACGGCAGGAGCUUCAACUGUUUUAUAUUGAAAUACAUACUCAGUUACAAACAUAUGCUUUUUUUUUUAAUUACGAGAUAUAACCUGUCACUACACUGGACUGAAACUUAUUGCUACUUGAGAUGUUUGUUCCUGAUAUAUGAAACUCUGUUUUACUUUAUCCUCUUGAAGCAUCGUUCUAAGAAAAAUCUUACGGGUGGCAGCGGUCGUGCGGCAGACGCAAACAUGCAGAUCUUUGUGAAGACCCUCACGGGCAAAACCAUCACCCUUGAGGUCGAGCCCAGUGACACCAUUGAGAAUGUCAAAGCCAAAAUUCAAGACAAGGAGGGUAUCCCGCCUGACCAGCAGCGUCUGAUAUUUGCUGGCAAACAGCUGGAGGAUGGCCGCACUCUCUCUGACUACAACAUCCAGAAAGAGUCCACCCUGCACCUGGUGUUGCGCCUGCAAGGUGGCAUUAUUGAGCCUUCCCUCCGCCAGCUUGCCCAGAAAUACAACUGCGACAAGAUGAUCUGCCGCAAGUGCUACGCUCGCCUUCACCCUUGUGCUGUCAACUGCCGCAAGAAGAAGUGUGGCCACACCAACAACCUGCGUCCCAAGAAGAAGGUCAAAUAAGGUUGUUCUUUCCUUGAAGGGCAGCCUCCUGCCCAGGCCCCAUGGCCCUGGAGCCUCAAUAAAGUGUCCCUUUCGUUGACUGGAGCAGCAA